UCAUCUGCGUUUAUCCAGCAGCAGCCGUCGACUUUGAAUAUUAGUUCAUCACUAUUUCAACAUUAGCUCAUUUAGCCUAUUUCUUCACAACAGGGAAAUACGACAAACUCAUACUAGUAUGACACAUACUAGUCAUGUGAGGAUAUACGAAACGCGAGAAAUUACCGAGGACAGUAUUGACGUUCGGUAUUGAUUUCCUUUACAGCUUAAACAUGUCGGAACCGAGAGUAAAGCGAAUAAAAACUUGCCUUCCCCUCUGUAAAACGCAUUUCUCUUCUGCUGGGAGUCUGGCGAGGCAAAACUUCCCGACUGUUGUGGAGGAAAGUCUGUGUGGAGUUUCCACUUUGCUUAUGGAGGUCUCUUACAGACUCGAAGCGCUGGCCAAAAUCUUUGAGCAGAGUGAUCUUGCUUUGCCCAGAGUGGCUGCGUAUUUUCAUCAGGAAUCAGUGAAGGAACUAGAGCGGGCAGAGGCAAUGCUGCAGUAUCUGACCCAGCGGGGAGGAAAAUACUGCAGUAAGAACAUACAGAGGCCAGGCACUGAAGAGGUGUGUGCCAUCCUCCCUGCUCUGGGGAUCAUGCUUAACCAGUGGAAGGAGGAGAUGAGCGUUAUGGUGGAGCUGAAUCAGCUGGCGCAUGAGUACGGAGAUCCACACACCGCCAGCGUAAUCAAAAGUCAGUUCAUUCAGCCCCUCGUCCCAAAGGUCAAACUCAUCGGUGACCUCUUGACCAGCGCUCGCAGAGUGGGCUGCACUAGUGACAGCACAGGUGGCUUUGGCAAGUAUCUCAUCGACCGGCUACAAGAGACGCUGACAAUUGCUUAGGCUUCCUUUUCAUUAUCAUUUAGGAACCAUGUAUGCACUGUAAAAAGUGAUUAUUCAAAGUAUUAAAUAAAACAAAGAUUAUUGGAGUGCGUUUUACAAGAAUAGCCUAUUUCAGCUUAAUAUUUCAACUUCAUAAUUUAAUCUCAACUUAAUAAUUACAUUUUUAAUUCAAGUUACGUGCCAUUUCUUUGUAAUUAUUUGUGUAUUAUUUGUAGACUGAAAAUGUUUCCGAGUAAAUCCUACACCUAUUUUUUUCAGUGAGUGUCUUUAGCCCUUGGACGGAGGAUAGACUGAGACAGAUUACAUAUUGGUCCAAAAGGGAAAAUAAAGUGCAGAGAUGCACUUACAAUAGUGCCAGUUUUGUAUGUAACAAGUCACUCCAGUUGUAGAUAUUAGUUUAAUGUCAUUCCAGUAAAAUUAAUGUAUUCUUCAGUGACA